AUGUCUGAACAAAAGUCCAGCGAACCUCGGAUCAAACCCAAUAAAAGGCAUACUGCCCACCGCCGGCGCCGCGAUGACGAAGACUUCGAUGAGCGCUGGGGGGACGAAGAGGUCCCGGAAGAUGAAGAGGAAGGCGGCGACCGAGAAUUCGAAGAAUCCUCCUCCAAGCGGGUAAAACUAUCUAACGGUUCGGCUUCGCAGCGGCCGCGAGACCAGACGCCACCCGAAACAGCAGAAGAAAGGGCCCGAAGGGCAAGAGACGACGACCUAAGGGAAAGGGAUGAGUUCGCAAAGAGGCUGGCGAAGAAAGAUGAAGAGAGAGCAAAGAAGGUUGUGGAAGACAGGACAUCGGGCAAAGGGAGUGCCACAGCGCAGCGACGGGCAUUGGCUGACGAUGCCGCCGCUAGGGAGGCGGUCAUGCCGGAUUUGCGACUUCGUUCAAGACAAGACUACCUGAAGAAAAGAGAGGCAGAGAGACUGGCUCUCCUGCGAAAGCAGGUUGCGGAGGAGCAGGCCGAGCUGAGAGACAAUCCGGACCUAACGAGGAGGGAAAGGGAGGAGUUUGCCCGCAAUCUGGAGGUCCUCCGCAUCGCCGAAGAGCGAUUAAGUAUCGACGAUCACCUCGACGGCUACACUCUGCCAGAAGACUACAUUACGGAGAAAGGCAAGAUUGACAAGCGGAAGAAGGAGCAGGCUCUGUACCAGCGUUAUGUUGACAGGGAUGAAAGCGGUCGAGAAAAAUACGUCACCGAACACGAUGAAUGGGAAAAAGAACAGACCAAACGAGCGGAGGCACAAAUCAAAAAGGCCGAGUUUGUUGAUGAAGGCGACUACGGUUACGUGUUCGACGAGAGUCAACAAAUGAAAUUCGUCAUGGCCGAGACCGUAGGGGGCGAUUUGGGCAAAGGGAUGACCAAAGAGCAGAGGGAUCUGGCUCAGAGGCUAAGCGCUGCUGAAGCCAAAGCCAAAAGCAUCGAGGAAACGAGAAAGAGUCUUCCAGUCUACCAAUUUCGGGAUCAAAUCAUCCAGGCGGUCAAGGAUCAUCAGGUCCUGAUCAUUGUCGGUGAGACUGGAAGUGGAAAGACGACUCAAUUACCGCAGUAUCUCCAUGAAGCCGGCUUCACAAAGGACGGCAAGAAAAUUGGCUGUACCCAGCCACGAAGAGUGGCCGCCAUGUCUGUCGCAGCCAGAGUGGCAGAAGAGAUGGGAAAGAGAUUGGGAAAUGAAGUGGGCUAUGCCAUUCGUUUUGAGGACAACACUAGUGAGAAGACCGUGCUGAAGUAUAUGACCGACGGUAUGCUAUUGAGAGAACUAUUGACUGAUCCGGAACUCUCCCAAUACUCUGCGCUUAUGAUUGAUGAAGCACAUGAACGGACUGUGAGCACGGAUAUCGCCUGUGGCUUGCUCAAGGACAUUGCCCGAGCAAGGCCUGAUCUGAAACUCUUGAUCUCCUCCGCCACUAUGGAUGCUCGGAAGUUCCAGAAAUACUUUGAUGAUGCUCCCAUCUUCAAUAUCCCUGGUAGACGAUACCCAGUGGACAUCCAUUAUACGGCACAGCCUGAGGCCAACUACCUUGCUGCAGCGAUCACCACUGUUUUUCAGAUUCAUAUUACACAGGGCCCCGGUGAUAUCCUUGUGUUUCUCACGGGUCAAGAGGAGAUCGAGGCCAUGGAAGCGAACCUGCAGGAAACAGCACGGAAGCUAGGAAACAAAAUCAAGGAAAUGAUCAUUUGCCCCAUCUAUGCAAACCUGCCAACAGAUCUCCAGGCAAAGAUAUUCGAGCCUACUCCCCCAGGCGCCCGAAAGGUGGUCCUAGCAACCAAUAUCGCAGAGACUUCGCUCACAAUCGACGGCAUCGUCUAUGUGAUUGACCCAGGAUUUGUGAAGGAGAAUCAGUACAAUCCACGAACUGGAAUGGAGUCAUUGGUGGUGGUCCCCUGCAGUCGGGCCUCGGCUGGUCAACGUGCUGGUCGAGCUGGUCGUGUCGGGCCUGGAAAAUGCUUCCGCCUCUAUACGGCGCAAGCAUACAAAAACGAACUGGAGGAGAACACUACACCAGAAAUCCAGAGAACCAACCUGACAGGGGUUAUUCUUCUGCUCAAAAGCCUCGGGAUCAACGACCUCCUCGACUUUGAUUUCAUGGAUCCGCCUCCGACGGAUACAAUUGUCAGGGCCAUUGAACAGUUAUAUGCACUUGGGGCGUUCAACAAUGCUGGUGAAUUGACCAAGAUUGGUCGUCAAAUGGCGGAGUUCCCCACAGAUCCCAUGCUUGCACGGUCAAUCCUUGCUGCUGACAAGUAUGGUUGUGUGGAUGAGGUGCUCUCGAUCAUUGCGAUGUUGGGUGAAGCCUCUGCAUUGUUCUUUCGACCCAAGGACAAGAAGAUCCAUGCCGAUAGCGCAAGGGCUAGAUUUACCAACAAAGAUGGUGGCGACCAUCUCACUCUUUUGAAUAUCUUUCAGGAAUGGGUGGACUCUGACUACAGCUAUGUCUGGGCGAAAGAAAACUUCUUGCAACAGAGGAGCCUAACAAGGGCACGAGACGUUCGGGAUCAGUUGGCAAGGCUGUGUGACCGGGUGGAAGUGGACGCGGGAAAAAGCUGCGGAGGCUCGUCCAAUAUCGAACCCAUCCAAAAAGCAAUCACGUCCGGCUUCUUCCCACAUUCAGCAAGGCUGCAACGUGACGGUCAAAGUUACCGUACCGUCAAGAACGGACAAGUCGUCUAUAUACAUCCUUCGAGUGUGCUCAUCGAGACCCGACCCAAGUGGCUCCUUUACCAUGAGCUGGUGCUGACGAGUAAGGAGUACAUGAGAAGUUGUAUGCCCUUGAAGCCGGAGUGGCUGAUAGAGGUUGCUCCUCAUUACUACAAAAAGAAGGACUUGGACUCUCUGGGUGUGGAAAAGAAAGUGCCGAAAGGCGAAGGCAAGCCUCAGAGUAAGAUAUAA